CCCUCAGGAAGAGGCCCGUCCCGAGAGGGAAAACAGACCUGGAACUUCCAGGGCUCCGGGUAGGUGUCCGAGGCACCCGCCUGUGUAAAACCAAACCGGGACAAGCUGGAAAUGUCAAGCCGGGUUGGAAUAAAUUAAAUGACUGGACACUAACGGAUGCUUGUAUCUGCGUAAAAUCUCUGGGAGGUGAAAUUUUUUAAAAAAGCAAGAACCGGGCGAGCUCCAUCAGGCACUGACGCGGACGGCCACAGGUUCUGGGUUCCAUGGUUGGAAGGUGUCGGGGAGCUGCGGGUUCGAAGGGAGCGCCACGUGGAAUUCCGCGUCUCCGGAGGUGCGGAGCGGGUUCCGUGGAGUAUCCAAGGGCUGCGCUGUUUUCCACGAGCUUUGUUGUAGGUCGAGAGAGGAGUGCAGACGAGGCGAACGGACUAACGGAGUCCCAGCCCCGACCGGGAGCGGUACCGCCCACCUGCUCGGAAGAAGCCGGGCAGAAAGGACAAGUUCAAGAAGAGUGAAUGUGAUGUAUUGAAGAGUUCCUGAGAGCGGGAGAGGUUCCAAGUGAGGAAUACCCACCUGGAGGUUUCUUUUAUCUCUUUACUAAGUGAAGAGGAUGGGUGAUGCUGGUCCCAGAAUGGAAGUGUGUCCUUAUUGUAAGAAGCCAUUUAAGCGAUUAAAAACCCACUUGCCACACUGUAAGAUGAUAUCUGCUGAUCAAAAAGUGUAUCAGUCCAAGCCAGCUACACUUUCACGUGCUACAAAAGAGAAGAGGCCUACCAAAGACCUAACCAAAGCUAAAAGGAAAGGGCUAGAGACAGAGAGUGUGAAAGGAAAUGUGAAAUCAGAAAAGGGCAGAUCAGCAUGGACAGCUGCCACCUUUCCCCUGCCGGCGGAUGUCUUGGAAAGAGCGGGUACAGCAGAGGCAGGAGGAGAAGCCAGAGAUCAAAAUCAGCCCUCCUUCCAGGCACCCAAACAUGCCACGCCAAAGGUGACUCGUGCAUCAGACACCCCCUCUCCUGAGAAAGAACUUGCCAGAGAUGUGACUGGAUCCAAGGGAAGUCCAUGUCAUCCCUCAGAGACCGAAGCGUCUGUACGGGUGGGCUCAAUGGCACCAGUUUUAUCUAAUCAAGAUAGAACAUACUCCUCAGCUCAGCCUCAUGCUAAACCAGCCACUUCUGCCAGUCUGAAAUUGGACACACUCGAUCCCCAAAGACAGAAGCUUCUGGCAAAAUUCUUAGAUGUGCCUGUUAGUGAUUGUCAUUCUCCAAAGAAUGGCAGCCAUGGGGUUCCGAGAGGAGGAUCCUCAGUGUUGAGCAGGGGAAGCAUUUCCCGAGACGGAGGCCACCUCUCAGGAGUCUCUCCCAACCCUGCCAAUGCUGAGACUCAGCAGAAGUCAGAAUCACUCCUCUUGGGCCUUCAUCCCGCUCCACUGGCUAAAACACAAGUCAGAGAGCACCAGGAACUUGGCCUCGGAGCAGAAGUGUGCCGUAGCAAGGGAGAUACUGGGAACAGCAUGUCUGCCACAGAAGUACAGGAACAGGCUUACUUAGGCCUUGGUGGUCAGGACCCCAUUUCCCCCACAAAGGCAAAAGCAGAGACAGCCCUUGCACUUUUGGACGUAUUUACUCCACCAGAGGGAACUUCGAAUAAGCUUCUCUCUAUACCAGAAUCAGGGCGCCAGUGCCUCACCUCUCUGGCUGUGAAGUCUCCUCCAGAAGACAAAACCCAAUUCUAUGGCCAGAGUCAAGUCCCUGCCAUACCGCUAUUAGUGGGAAGCAAGAGGGACGUUCUGGAACCCACGUCUUUCCGCCAACCCCAUGCAGCCCAGACAGGGUACCACAUACCAUCAUAUUCAGCUCCGUACCCUGUUUCUAGAAGCUCCCUCAUCAGUCAUGUUGCUGCUGCUGACUCAGAGGUUCCUCCCCGGUCCGUGGGACUGGAGUGGUUUCCAGAACUCUAUCCUGGUUACGUUGGUCUAGGAGUAUUGCCAAGGAGGCCUCAGCAUUGGAACUCAGUGUCUCACAUGCCUCCUCCUACCACUUCCCAGGGUGCGAGUAUCUCAAAAGUUCCUUGGUUGGGACGAAGUUCGGCUGAUAGCGGGAGUUCGGAACCCCUGGCGCUUACAACCUCCAGCUUCCCUCUAACGAGGCUCUUGGGAGCUGUGCACACAGGCUGGGUGAGGUGCAGUACCACCAUCAAGAAGAGCAGUGUUGGAGGCCUCACAAUGCUCUUCGCUGGCUACUUCAUCCUGUGUUGUAGUUGGAGCUUCAAGCAAAUGAUACAUGUCUGGUGUCCAUGGAGGUCAGAAGAAGAAGAAGGCAUCUGAUCCCCUGGAACUGGAGUUACAGAGCUGCAGCGCUGGCGCAAGUAAUGCUGAGCACGGCCGGGGCCGCCGAGGGCGUGACAGACAGCUGCAGCAGCGCGUCUUUAAAUGUGUGCUGGGGCGGGAGGGUGCGAGUAAUAAAGCGGCUGAAACCA